AUGACGAAGCCAAAGACCAACAUGACCCGCCGGGGUGUUCUGGGUGUUCUCGGCCUUGGUGCGUUGACGGCCGGCUGCACAAGCAGAGCGCCGUCUGCCUUCUACAGCCUGACCUCUGCAGACGUCGACGGACUUCAGGGCAGGUCCAGCCGUGUCCAGGUUCUGGUGGCCCCGCCGCGCGCCCUCAAGGCACUUGAUACGAGCUAUAUUGCCGUCGUCGACAAGGGGCCCAUCUACAGCUACUACCCGAAGUCUGCCUGGGCGGACACGCUUCCGAACGUCGUGCAGCUCAAGCUCAUGGAAACGCUGCAGAAUACCGGGCGGUUGCGCGGCGUCGGCCUUCCCGGAGACGGCCUUUUGAUCGAUUACCAGCUGCAGACCGAGAUCCGGGCGUUCGAGCUUCAGGUUGCCGGGAACCGGGGUGUGGUGGAAAUUUCCGCGCGCGUCGUCAACGACCGCAAUGGCCGGACUGUGUCGACCAAGGUCUUCCGCGCCGAAACGCCUGCCGGCAGUUCAUCCGUCGACAAGGCCGUCGAGGCCAUGAACACCUCCGCCGAUCGCGUCUUUGCCGAAAUGGCCGCCUGGACGCUGAAGAACGUUUGA